AUGCCCACAGCUACAGACGUAGUCGUUCUCUCAUCUUCGCCAGAUCAGGUUCCCUCUCACUCUCCAGCAGAGACAAAAUGUGAUCCGGAGAAGGUAUUUGGCUUAUCACCGCUCCCUUCGUCCCCUUCACCUUUGCCUUCUCCGUCGGAGCUGUUUCAAAAACCCACGCGCUCCCGGUUUUUCAAGACUCAAGAUGGAAAAGAUGGCUCGUCGAUGACUGCGAAAGAAGGAUCUGAAACAGGGACGAAAUCGAAACAUUUGGCUGCACCGAAGAGAAAGACGGCGUCUCGAGGGGGAAGACAGAAACGGGUGAAAGACACCCAAUCUACGAACGAGUCACAAACGGUCCUUGGCCAUUCUGAGCCUCCCAUUCCAAAAUACAAUGAGUGCACUUCCAAGAAAGGGGCAGGAUCAAAGAAAAAGCGCACAGACGCUGCGAAUAAGCGCACCCAGUCCAAAAACAAAACGAUCAUGGGGAAAGUAGCGAAAUCCGGCAACACCGAGACUGACAAAUCGGGAGAUAAAAUUAAGGAACCCAUGACUUCGGACGUCUCACCGGGAAAGAGCGUUGCGAACAAAUUGGAGUGGGAGAAGGAUGGCUUACAACUUGAAGCAGCUAUGAAGAGAAGGCUAGAUUGGACGCCUACCAAGGAUACUGGCAAGCGAGCCGUCGCAUUGGAUGAUAUUGACGACGAUAAAAAUCGCUUCGGCGACCUUCUAUCCGAAUAUGGCUUCUCGAAAACUACCACCGCUUCUCAAGGUGACUUGAGAUUUUCUGACGAUGGCGCUCCAACGAAGCGCAGGCGACUAGAGCUCGUAGACUCUCGAAUCCCAUCAAAUUCUAAGCGGACAUCACCGGAGGUCGAUAGCAACCAUUCAAAUGACGGCAGCACUCGAUCCUCGAAAGCUCCGGCAGCCGAAGGGAAGCCGAGGAAAAGGAGCAGAAAGAUUACAACUCUUACUGGUCGUGUGACCGCCCUAUACAUCAAUGAGGGUACAGAUUCCUUGGACACAGCAAACACCAUGGUUACAGCCUCAGAAGAUGUUACCAACAACGUCCUGCCUAAAGGCAAAUUGUGCUCUAAAUCCCUGAACAUCGGCUCUUGUGUCCUCCCUCCUGAGGAUGCCAUCAAUUACUUGAAGGACCAGGAUUUGAUGUUCGGAACGUGCAGUCAGCUGGAGCGGGAAGACUCGCCAACGAUGCUCAGAGAUAUGCAAAAGGCAAUACGCGCAUCAGAAAAUAGUAUGACUGAAAACAGCAAGCCUUCUUCGACCACAAGGGCAGGGUCUGUGCUAUUUUCUCGAACCGCAGUAUCGCGCUUUCAAACCCCAAGGGAUUUGUGGUCUGUCGCAGCUCGAGAUAUGGAUGGAUCCCUAGCUGAAAUUGAGGUGCUGGAUAUGGUAGACAUUUCUGACAUUUCUGAGCUUCCACCAAAACCCAAUGGUGAGCUACAGGACAGAACUGAAAGGGACGACGAGAACACAGCGUUUCAGGAAAAAACUCUCAAGCCUGUAGAGAGUAUGGAUACAGUUGAGGCGGCAGUCGACACGCACAUGGAAACCUUGACAACAAGAGAAAGUAAAUCGGAGGAAACCGCCUUCGUGGCGUCGGAAAUCCGUCCAAUGCCACGAUUCGCUAAUUGGAAGGACUCUACUUUGUCAAAAAAAGUCAGAUUUUAUGGUUUCAAGCCAAUGAAGAGUCGCAAGAAGAUGAUCGAAGUGCUUGAAAGAUGCUGGGAGGCACAAUUCAUGAGCACGCGGACCGGGGAUCAAGAGGUUCCGGGGAAACCAGAUGACGGCUCGACGGAGAAGGCUGGCACAAUUCAAUCUCAGUCAAAGAAGCAAACCUGGAGGACGGAUGCAGCUGAAAAGGCAGAGAAAGAGAUCGCAUGUUUCAACGAAGAGGCGAAACCGAGCACAGCUCUAGAGGAUAAACCGAGUCAGCCGUUAGCGAAGUUAUCAUUUGCGGAUGUGGAGGAGAUUGAGGAUUCGGAAGAUGAGCUCAUACCAUCUCCCAGUCGGCUGCAGAGUCGUUACAUGCGCCAUAUGUCAGAAAGCAGGAGCAGCCAGCCUCUGCCUGUUUCAGCUACGCCAACCAGUCCGACGCGGACAAAUGGUGACAAACCUUCUCCUUCUGACAUUGUAGUAGAGUCUAGUCUGCCAGAUCUGGCUAGUCAGAUAACUAAGGCUGUACGAUUGCAACCACGAUCGUUCUCCGUUGACUGCAAGCGCCCUAGCUGGCAUGAGAAAAUCCUGAUGUACGAUACUAUCAUCCUGGAGGACUUUGCCACCUGGCUCAACAUCGAGGGACUGGGACUUGUCCAUGAGGACAGAGAAGUCAGUGCAGAGUUUGUGAGGCAGUGGUGUGAGAGCAACGGCAUCUGCUGCGGUUUCCGAAAGAAUAGCAGACGGUCUGAACGGUAG